CCGACCAGCAUCCAUCAAAACACGAACACACAUCCACCACCGCCAGGAGUGUUCUGUCUUUUUUCGAUUUUGGUUUCUCAAAAAUGGCAUCAAUUCGUCGGUCCGACGGUAGAUCAUCGACAGCGAAGAAUUCGGUGACGGUCAGCCGUAACUUUUAGUGUUGAGCAAGAGUUUUCCGCGAAACUAUUAUUCGCCUAGUUUGACGCGGUAGUGAAACGUUUUCGUUUUUCGUCGAGCGGAAAAAAAUAUAAUCCUCAGCAUCGUUCCCCCCGGGGGCGUGGAAUUUGCGUAAUUUACGUUCCGGAUUCGUGCCCGAAAUCACCGAACAAGGCUCCGUCACCGUGAAAGUGUGUUGGCGAAGAUCUAGCUAGCGAAUUGCCAGUCGAAAAAGAAAAAAAAACGGACCAGCCUGCUGUCUGCCGAUGGCAGAGGAGGAGGCCACGAACUGAUCCGGUAGUGUGAAGAAGAAAUCAAAGCAAAGAAACAGAUUUUUUUAUCGAUCGAUCGAGUGUUGUUUUUCUUAUUCCAUUGGGAAGUGCAGCAGCACCUGCCGGAUUUGCAACGGUGUAGACCAGUCAGUUGUCGGUAGGCUAGCCGAUGCCGUUCGUUGGGGUAAGCUUCCCGGGGUGAAACGGUCGAUCGAUUGUCGUGGUCGUCGCGAGUGUAAACAUUCCGCGCAGUGGACGGGGGUCUCUUGUGACAAAAAAUAAGAAGUAGGUACUUGCAGUCGCGCAAGUGGGGCAUUAUUUCGGUGUGUAUGCAAAUUGUGUCAUGUAGUGUGAAGUGGUCGAUAGCAUGUGCUUUGAAAAAUUGAUAAAAAUUUGCCUUGCAGCGCUGGGUAGUUGAAGAAUAGUGCACAGAAGAAGUGUUCCGAGCGUAAAUCGCAGGUUUCCGGCCGGGAACGGCAAGUUGAAGACUGUUUUUCGCGAUAUUUUCGGAAUACGGAGCAGACAUCGGUUCAAUCGUGUAUGUAAAGCGCUACUUCUAUUACCACCAUCACCGGCACGACCACUACAACUGCUACAGCAUCAACAAUCACAAUAACUCCUGACACACGGUAUCAUCAUCGUCAUCAUCAUUGGAACAAGAAAUCGUCACCAUCGUCAUCACCGGGUGAAUAUUUUAGGCAUCAACGAUUAAUCGAUUUGACAGCAGCUAACAUAAAAUCGAUUGAGUCCAGAGGCUGGUCCACCUGGGCUGCGAACAUAACCGCCCCUCCCCCUCAUCCGACGCUGACCAGUGUCCAUUGCUGUGAUUUACCUGUACCGUUGUUGCGGUGCAUCUGUAUUUAAUUUUCCUGUUGAUCUUUUGAGCUGCAUUUUAUUUGUGUGUGAGAUAAUUUACGCGGUAGUGUUACAGAAGAAAAAAAAAUUUUCGAGCAAACUGCAUUUACAUAGAAGUCAUAUGUAAAGAGAGAGUGCGUCAUAAAAAAUUGUUCAAGCGGAAAUUAUUCGAUUAUACACCGGUUGACAGCUGGUUACACAGUUAGGGAAAAUUCUGUGAAGGUCAGUGUAUUGAUUUUGCACAACCGGACAGCAAAGAUAAACCGGUUGGAACUGACCAACUGACCGAAACAGGUCCGUGAUCACCCACCCACUUACUCACACACACACACACCCUCACACACACGGACGAAACAGACGAAAAGAGAGACACGUUGCGGUGCAUACGCACACCGGUGUUGGUGCAGAUCGACGAUCGGAAGCGACAGCAGGCACGAUGGACAGCCCCGGCGCUGUUGGAAGGCGUCGUGGAAACUCGCGGAUCAAUGCCGAAGAUCAGGCGCUCGAUCAGAUCGCCAAGGAGCGGCGGUUUAGUGCGGCGACUGCUGGCGAGGAUGAGGUGGAUCGUAGCUACGAUAAUAGCUAUGCGGAUAGCCAAAAGUCUGACCCGGAACAUCACCUGUACGAACCGCAUCGACAGUACCAUCGACUGUCGGUGUGUCACACCGGGGACGAGUUCAGUUCCGACGAGGAUGAGGCUUUCGUGGAACUGCUCGAGAAGGCGAAUCACAUAGCAGAAGCUCGACUGGCAGCCCGGCGGCAAGCACGUGCGGAGGCACGUGAAAUCCGUAUGCGUGAGUUGGAGCGGCAGCAGAAAGAACUGGAGCAAAAUGCCGACCGCGUCUUUGACCUGCAGCAGCAAUCCGUCGGUAUGUCGGCUGCGGAUAGCUCACUUGGAUCCCGAUCCGCACGUCUCACCGUCAACAACAGUGUCGUUCGAGGUAGUUCCCUUUCAUCCCGAAGGAGCAGCGAAGAUUCCCUGGAGGAAGAGGGUCGAAGUUUGCGAGACCUACGACAUGAACUAAAGGAUGUGGAAGAACGCUUCCGCAAGGCGAUGGUCGCGAACGCCCAGCUAGACAACGAACGUGCCUCCCAGAGCUACCAGAUUCAGCUGCUGAAAGACAAACUGGAAGAGAUGGAGGAAUCGCACGCCCAGCUUCAGCGGGAACACAAGGAGAAAUGCCGGGAUCAUGAUGCCUUGAAACGAGCCAACGACAAGCUGUCCGAGGAGCUGAAACUGGUGCAGGGUCAGCUGCAGGAACGGGACACGCUAAUCGAGGAACAGGGCCUAGUGAUCGUGACGGUGGAGAACGAGGACGGUUCCGAUGCACGACGCGCGCUAGUCACAGUAGAGAACGCACAGCUGCUAGGUUCCGUGCAGGGUUCGUUAGAUGUAAGGCUGAAACGGUUCGCCGAGGAAAAACUAGAGCUGCAAAACGAAGUCCAGACGCUGCAGCAACAACUAAAAGACCUUAAGACCAAGGGCAGGAAAUACAGUACUCUAAACGGGGCGUUGGACGACGAUGAUUACGAAGAUGCUCAGAGAGAAGCCAACAAAUUAAUCACCGACUAUAAAUACAAACUGCAGAAAGCGGAGCAGGAAAUUGCCAACCUGCAGGCCAGUCUGGCUCGGUCCGAGACGCAGGUGAUUCGAUACAAGAGUACCGCUGAAGCGGCAGAAAAGGCUGAAAGUGAUCUUAAAAUCGAAAGGAGAAAGCUUCAACGAGAGAACCGUGAGGCCAUGGACCGGCUGGAGGAGGUGGAAACCUGCAACAAUCACCUGCUGAAGCGGCUGGACAAGCUGAAGAACGCGAAAAGUGCCCUUCUGAAGGACCUCUGAUAGGCUGCUUCAAUCGACCUAAAAACAAAAAAAAAACAACCAACUAUUAUUGUUACACAUCAAAAUCAAAACCGUCUCAUCAUACACUGUGUUUGAGCUUUCAUCAUUGUGUUUGUACCAGUUGGUUCGGCUCAGUGAGUUUGUUUUCAGCCGGUUUCAUCAGGUCGUGCCGUCAGCCAAAUCCUGCUGUAUUCAUUGUGUAAAUUUUUAAAGCAUGCUAAUUUGUUUUUUUAUAAAGGUUCAAGUUGCCUUCAAGUUUACCACCUACCCUAUUUGAUUUUAACGGCUUUACCCAAGACAACUUGUUAGUUUAGUAGCUAGCCUGUAACCCGGGGUGGAAAUUUAGUCCAAAACCGCAAACAUCCGCUGAAUGUGUUAGUUAGUAGGACGUUGUAUAAUGAUGACUUAGUUAUUACCUUUGCUCGUGAGAAAUGAAAAUAAAAACAACUUAGAAAUUGCACUUACCAGUUAGUAGGCUUGUAUAGCAAAUUGCAGAAAUCAUAGGUUCUCGUUUUUUGUAAACAAUUGAAACUAUUAACUAUAUAUUUAAACAGAUUAGUGUAAAUUGAAACCGCAGAGAUUAGGAACUUCUAGGGGCCCGGCCGGUAACAGGAACUGUGUAUAUCUAAACUGAGUAGGUAUAAUUUGAGCGAGGAAACAUUUUAAAUAUUUAAUUUAUUGAACACAUAGCUGUUAGGAAAAAAAAUCGCGGAGAAUCGAGCAAAAAAGUAAUCUAGAUCUAAAAGCUAGAUCUAGAAGAAUGCCAACGUAAAAAAUAGCUAUAGAAACGAUAGAUGUUUUUUAGUGCAGAUUGAACAGUUUGCCAAACCGAAAACCAACUGCUACACGAUGAACAAGCGCUGGUGAAGCAAUAUAAAAAGUAGCAACAACAAAAUUCGUCGUUAAAAAGUCCAUGAAGACAAGUUGACCCGACUUUUCUAUUGGCACUAAUCGAUCAUACUCUUUGGUUCCUGUGUAAUAAUGUCUCUCAAACGCCUUCCUAAUUUGUUAACUACUUUGUAAAACAAAUCAACAUUCAUUAUUGCGUAGAAUCGCGUCUAUCGUCUGCGAGAUCAAACUGAGCUUCACACAAUUAGAUAAACUUUUUACAUACUCUUGAACUGCCAUAUUUUUGUAACUUUUAUUUUUCCCGUUUGUUUCAAGUUUUCCUUUCGAGUUAAUUUGUACGUUUUCAAUCGGAGUCAGAUUUCCUUCCUGUAAUAUUAUAAAAAGAAUCAACGGUCAACUCCUGCUUGUUGCUUUUGUUUAAUCCUUAAUCUUACUAUUACGGGGGGAAUCCACUGUAAAUCCACACAAAUUGAACAAAAUUUGCUGAACCGUGACAGCAAACAAACUACAUCAUUUAAAAAAACAGAGCGUUAAUACUAGUUAUAAGCGAGAAGUGUUCUAGGACGCUGGAAAGAAACGUAGGUAUAUUAUAAAGACGGAACGUUUAGAUUACCAACGGGACUUUGAGCCUAAAUGAAAUUAAAAAGUUUAUUGGUCAACAGCAAAACGAAACAAGGCGUGUGUAAUAAAAUAAUGCGAUCCGGGGGUAAAAUGAAGAAAAAUAUAUAAUUAACUACUGCAGCCUGUA